UGGCUGCUUUUUAUAUACGAGUCAGCGUAGCAGCGCUCUGGAAAUGAGCUUUGCUACCGCCAAUACUUUAGUAUCCUGUCUCCUCGUUAAUGGCUAGCAGGAGCAGCAGCAGCAGCAGCAGCAAGCCAUUUCUAAACGACGUUGAACACGGUUCAACCACCGCCAUGAAUUCCAAAGAUGGUCGUAAAAAGAAGGUGUUGAUCGUGGGUGCAGGAGCAGCAGGCAUGAGCUGUGCACAUCAUCUCAGCGAUACCGACAAAUACGACAUUACCCUGAUCGACGCCGUCGACUAUUGCGGCGGACAAGCCUUCUCUCACCAGUUGGACAAAGAACGACAUGGUGCCAGCUGGUUUAACCAAGGUGUCCAGGGUGGCAGCUACAUCUUCCACCAUACUAUGACCAUGUUCGCUCGACAAGGCUACCAUGCCGACCCAGUGAAUCUACAAGUUUCGUUCGGACUGGGCAAGAAGACUUUCUGGUCCAAUGUCUUCCCAACCGACCUCAUUGCUCGACAUCAAAGCGAAGUCAAACGCCUCUCGUUUGUCCUGAAGUUCAUGCGCUGGUUUGAGAUCUUCUUCGCCCUGAUCCCGAUGAAGAUCUUUUUCAAGCUUUGGAUGUUUUCGGAAGAGUUCACCAACGUCGUGGCUCUGCCCAUGGUUGCGUUAUUUCUGGGUACCGGAAACUAUGCCCCUGAAGUACCUACCAUGAUGCUUGAGCGUCUAUGCACGAGUCCGACUUACGGCAUGUGGUAUCCGUACGACUCAAAAAGCAUUGCAAGCAACAUGCCGCCCAUGGUCGUAUUUCCAAACUUUUCCGAGUUCUACGCAACUUGGCGGAAAGACCUCGAAUCGCGUGGCGUUACGGUCAGAUUGAACACUGAGCUUGUCAAAGUCCUGAAUCGAGACAAGAACGGCGUGAUCGUUAGCUUGAAAAAGCGUACCCCCAUGCCCGACCACCAUAACCCGGUCUUUGGUGACCCUGAUGCCCCAACUUUCGAGGAGCAUUAUGACGAGAUCGUGCUUUGCGUGCUUGCCGACACAGCAAAGAUCGCCCUUGGUAAGACCGCCUCAUGGCGCGAACGUCAAGUGCUCGGAUCUGCCAAAUUCUCGGACGAUAUCACCAUCACCCAUACGGAUGCAGACUACAUGAAAAAGCACUAUCAGAAUUUCUAUGAUGACUCAAUUGCUGCCAAGUCUCUCUCAGGCAGUGAUCAGACUGCACGCUGUGAAGCAGCCAGCAAGAAUUUCCGUCCAAUGUACUACAUCAAGAUGUACGAGCAGGAUCUGUCUAGGCUGGAGAUGUGCUUCGACACAACCAACUAUCAGGCCCAAUUUCCCCACAACGUACCAUUUGAGGAUCAUGUCUUCCAGACCAUCUAUCUCAACAAGGGCCGUGAUGGACAUUUGUGGUCGGACCACGAGAUCGACGAGUCCAAGAUAAUCCGGAAGGAUUGGUGGCAUCAACUCUGCCAUAGCUACACACAUUACCUGUUCGUCGUACCAUGGAUGAUGUUCCUCCAGGGUAGGAAGAACAUCCGGUACGCUUCGAGCUGGACCAUGGUCAAUGCGCAUGAGGUGGCUAUAAUGUCAGGCAUUGCCGCUGCUGUGGAUUUGGGCGCCGAAUAUCCUGAGGACCUGGAGAACGACAAGUUUGCCUUUUUGAGUUUCAGAUUGUACUAUCUGCUCGCAUAUGGCAAGUGGUACAGGCGGAAGUAUUCCAAGAAAGGACGCGUAGAGACCCAGAAGGCGAAAGAGGGCAAGGCUUGGGCGAACGGACCAUAUGGUAGCGUGUACAAGGGGCCUGGCGUGGCUGAAGUGGUAAGCUUUUACCACCUUAAUCUACCUCACCGGUCUGCUGACACCUUCUAGGAGCGAACCACCUGGAGGGAAGAAAUGAAGAUAGGAAGAAGUACGGGCAAUCUGGCGAGUGAAACCAACAAGGACAGGAGUCAGCCUUGAUAUCGAGAGACGGUGAUUUCGUGGCCAGUGGAAUAAUGU